UGUGGCACCACCGCUGCCAUGUCAACAGGUUUGUGCAACCAACCUUUCUUCCAUUCGGAUCCGAAUUCGAACACCUAUAAAAUUCGAAUGAAACGUCAUGACAGUCGAGUGAACUGAAAUUCUUCUUCGUGCUCAUCCGUCUAUACAAGUGUCUGUUCAAGUCGACCGAGUGCAGCUGCGUCAAUCUUGUUUGGCUUAAAUCAAACGAGAAAAGACAAUCAGGAAGAUUUGAUGAACACCUGCAAGGUCCGCUGAACCUGUCACCAUGUCACAAGAUUUUGACGUCCCAUUGUCGAACACUAGAAACGUCACCAUCGUCGCUCAUGUCGAUCAUGGCAAGACCAGUUUCGCCGAUUCCCUCUUGUCCUCCAACAACAUCAUCUCUUCUCGUAUGGCUGGAAAAUUGAGAUUUCUAGAUUCAAGAGAGGAUGAACAGGAGCGAGGGAUCACCAUGGAGAGUAGUGCGGUGUCCUUGAGAUUCGACAUGAUGAGAACUGGGUCCGGAGGAUGUAAGUUCAACGACGGUCGAAAGGCGGGAUUCGCCUCGGCUGACGCGUUCCACUCGGACCUCCAUGCAGCCUCUACGUCUAAACAUCUCUGCAACGUCAUUGAUACACCGGGCCAUGUCGACUUUGCAUCGGAAGUAUCGACCGCCUCGAGACUAUGUGAUGGCGCUCUGGUCCUCGUAGACGUGUGGGAAGGUGUUCAAACGCAAACUAUUUCGGUCCUUCGACAAUGCUGGAUCGAUCGACUCAGACCCGUAUUAGUCAUCAACAAGAUGGAUAGAUUGAUCACUGAGCUCAAGUUGAGCCCUAUCGAAGCGUAUCACCAUCUGUCAAGAUUGAUCGAGCAGGUCAACGCCGUCAUGGGUAGUUUCUACGCUUCGGAACGGAUGGAAGACGAUCUAAGAUGGAGAGAAGAGAGGGAAAAGAGAUUAGCAGAGCGAGCUACGAGAGAAGGGGAUGAACCAAUGGACGCAAACGGAUCAAAAGGAGAAGGAGAAGCAGGAGAGGGAGCCGAAGGCGAUACAGAAGCGGGAUACGAAGAAAAGGAAGACGAGGAUCUCUACUUUGCUCCUGAACGUGGAAAUGUCCUGUUCGCCUCUGCCAUCGAUGGCUGGGCUUUCCGACUGGGAAAGUUUGCAAGAUUGUACGCGGAGAAACUCGGUGUCAAGGAAGGCAAUCUCAGGCGAGCGUUGUGGGGGGAUUAUUUCCUUGAUCCAAAGACGAAAAGGGUGGUAGGGAGGAAGAAGCUAGCUGGAAGGGCUUUGAAACCUUUGUUCGUCCAGUUCGUCCUGGAGAAUAUAUGGAAAGUGUACGAGACGCUCCUGGGAGAUUACAACCCCGACGCAGUGACCAAGAUCGUUUCCGCACUCAAUGUCCGAGUCUCACCACGAGAUGUCAAAUCCAAAGACACGCGUAAUCUCCUCACGUUGAUCAUGCAACAAUGGCUCCCACUCUCCACCGCUACAUUCCAAGCUGUUGUCGACAUCAUUCCUCCUCCAGAUGUCGCUCAAACACAGAGGAUGCCAUUCAUGUUACUUCCCGAGCUAGCAGUAGCUUCGUCGACGCCUUUACAGCCUCAAAACACGCUCGAAGAGGGACUUUACUCCUGCGUCCGGGACGUCGAGGCCCAGGUCGUAGGGUACGUCAGUAAAAUGUUCGCAGUGGCCCGAGGAGAUCUACCAGAGUUCAGAAAGAGGGAAAUGACGGCGGAGGAGAUGAGACAGAGAGGCAAAGAAGAGAGGGAGAAGAGAGCAGCCGCUGCGGCUGUAUCGUCAGCCGCGGGUAGUGUGCCCCAGGCUCAUUCCAACGGGAUCUCAAUCGACGGUAUAGAAGGUCUCACCGGUUCCCUACAAGACUUAUCCGUCGGUCCGCCCUCUGAAUUACAGAAGAGUGACUCGGACCGAGCUCAAGAUAUAGAGAUCAAUGACCAAGCUGAAUCAUCUGAGGUACUCUUGGCAUUCUCUAGGAUUUUCUCUGGGACAAUCAGACGCAAUACGAAGCUUCUAGCGACUCUGCCCAAGUAUUCGCCUGAUCUCCCACCGGAUCACCCUCGAAAUAUCAAGUUUGUGAAAACGGUUCAUGUCAAGGAAGUGUACAUGAUGAUGGGUCGGGAGCUUGUAGCUGUGGGUCAGGUCCAAGCUGGACAAGUGUGCGCCAUCGCAGGCAUGGAAGGUAUCGUCCAUCGGAACGCGACUCUGUGGGCACCAUCUUCGCUUGGACUGCAGGAGGAUACGCAGCCUGAGAAGUUGGUCAAUCUAGCGGGAGUCAUUACACAGGCUUCACCCAUCGUUCGUGUCGCUCUUGAACCGGAAAACCCAGCCGAUAUGCCUAAACUCGUCAAAGGUCUUCAAAUCCUGGACCAGUCGGAUCCUUGCGCAGAGUAUCUGGUACAAGAGACUGGUGAACACGUCAUUUUGACUGCUGGAGAGCUCCAUUUGGAGAGAUGUCUCAAAGACCUUCGGGAAAGGUUCGCAAAGUGUCCUAUACAGCGAUCUCAAACCAUCGUCCCGUUCCGUGAGACUGCGGUCAGAGGCGUGGACAUGGCGCCGCCAAAGACAGCUGGCAUGCCCCGAGGAACCGUCCAGACUAACCUACUAGGGAUCCUCACAUAUACGAUACGCGCGAUACCACUCCCACCCGCCAUCUCGGAAUUCUUACUUUCUCACACCACGACCAUCCGACGACUGGUAUCCCAACACACCGCUCAGGCCGACGACAGAUCGGAAGACGAUCAUGCAGACGUCGACGUCGAUGCAGAUGGCACCGCGGAGCAGACUCACACUCAAGCGCAGGAACAGGCUCGAUCCUUGACGCCUGAGCAAUUCUGGGAAGAGUUGGAAGCGGUUUGUAGGAAAGCUGGAGGAGAGUGGGUUGGCGCGGCAGAUCGCAUCUGGAGCUUUGGACCAAAGCGUAUGGGAAGUUGUCUCUUGUUGGAUCCUCAGGACACUCAACAGCUCAGACUCCGAGGGCGCAGUCAGCUCAUCGCCAAAGCAAGAGCAGAAGGAGCGACGGCGGAACAGGCUCUCGCCACGACUGAAUCUGCGGUAGUGGACCAACAAAUGGCCACGUUGGGAGACCAUUUGGGAUCAUCUCCGGUGGACGAGACGACUUUGGACGAAGCGAUGAAGGGUCAAGGCUUGCCAGCUGAUGCCACCAAGGCUGAUUUGAGAUUAUUACAAGAUUUCGAAACGUCGAUCGAAGCCGGGUUCCAGAUGGCAACGUUUCAGGGUCCGCUCUGUGCGGAGCCAGUCGUCGGCAUGGCUUGGGUGGUCGAGAAGAUUGAGAUACAGAGGGACUCUGAGGGGAACAACAACAGCCGGAUGUCUGCGGUCGUUGGUGCACUCAUCUCAUCAGUACGCGAAGCUUGCAGGAAUGGAAUGCUCGAUUGGUCACCUCGAAUCAAGCUAGCCAUGUAUACAUGCGACAUUCAAGCUUCUACGGAUGUCCUCGGUAAGGUCUACGCGGUGGUUGCUCGUCGUCGAGGACGGAUCGUCUCUGAAGAAAUGAAGGAAGGUACAUCCUUCUUCACGAUCAGGGCCAUGUUGCCCGUCAUCGAAUCUUUCGGCUUCGCCGAUGAAAUUCGCAAGCGAACUUCUGGAGCUGCAUCACCUCAAUUGAUCUUUAGUGGAUUUGAGACGUUGGAUCUCGAUCCAUUCUGGGUUCCAACGACUGUAGAAGAGUUGGAAGAUCUGGGUGAAAAGGCUGAUAGGGCCAAUGUGGCAAAGUUGUACGUUGACAACGUGAGGAAACGGAAAGGAAUGUUUGUAGAGAAGAAAUUGGUAGAAGCCGCGGAGAAACAGCGGACGUUGAAGCGAUGAGGGGAGAGAGAGAUAUGUGGGAUGAACAAAGUCUCGGCGCAGCACAAGACAUCCAUGCCGUGCGCACUGUUCAGGAGUUUGAGUUGGCUGGACAAGGUAUCAGUGCCACUGGCGUCAUCAUCCUGUCGGAUUCGACCGGCGGAUCCGGGACCGGAACUGCGAGAGGGAGAGAUCUUCAGACGAUCCAUGAGAUCGCCCAAGGGAAAAAGAGGGUUGGGGGGUUUUCUGCCUUGGUAUGUAAGACACGGGCUUUCCAGAUUUAGUUGGUAAAUAAUAAAAUCAUUCACACGAUGUCCGUGUGCUUCGUCUGGGGAUCGUAUAGGGUGCAAACAGAAGAGAGUGGAUAGCUCGGUAUCACGUUGUCGAAAAUUGAAGACGUAAGUCGCCUGGCACUCGCUUGGAAAUGCGGUCAAGAUCUGGCGCAGGGAGUGAGUGUCCUUCAUAACAGUGGCGGGCAUUUUGUUGCAUUUGGGC